AUGUCUGAGAAUAGUGAGUUUGAAGACGAUAUUGCAAUGGGCUGCAUCGCUGCGAUAUCGGUCUUCGGACUGAUUAGCAAUGGCUUGUCCUUUUAUUUAACACGUACAAGAUCACGUUUCUAUAAUGCGUUUGGAAUUUUAUGCAGUAGCUUUCUAAUCUGUAAUUUGCAAGCUAUAAUUGUUCUUCUCACGUGGUGUACCAUUGUUCUAAGUCUGAAAUCUCCAAUACUAUCAUCACCGGAACUAUUUCCUGUACGAUUCGUGGGCGUUUUAGCAAAUGGAGCGUGGUUUGGAUCACUUUUAGUGCACUUCUUCACUGCUCUUAACAGAUUCUGUGCUUUCGUUUAUGCUACAAAAUAUGAUCAGUUAUGGUCGAAAUCCAGGGCUUUCUUUAUUGGAAUCUGUUGUUGGGCAUUUGGACUACUCUUCUCCACCCAACAUCUAUAUAAAGAAUGCUCAUUUGUAUUUAAUGAAAGUUCGAACUAUCGCUUUUCCUUUCAAAGUUCUUUCUAUGGUAAAAUAUGUUCCUAUACUGAUACUGUUGCAACUGUAGGAAUAGUACUAGGAAUGGCAUGUAUCGAUUUCGCUACUUUACUCAAAAUAAUAGCAUAUCAAAGAGCAAUGCGGAAAAAUGUGGCAUUGUCAACUAGUGGCGCUAUUAACGAACGAGAGAUAUUGUUUUUUAAACAGUCGUGCAUACUUGGCUUGUUGUACAUUUCAUGCGCUACGACGUUCAAUACUGCUUCAUACUUAUCAACCGACAAAUGGUUUCUGUUUGCUUCUAGUACAAUAAUAUGGAUUCUGACACAGUCUCUAGAUGGAUUAACCUUUCUGAUUUUCAAUCGCACAAUUAUUUGCAGUGCAUCGACAACAUUACCAGUUAUACAUAUGAACUGGAUUCAAACUAAUGCAAGACAGUGA